AUGGGAGUCGUAAAAGAUGGCAGCACCACCACCGGGUUUCUCCCUAGCAGUGAAGUUUUUGCCAUCCACUAUCCUGGUUAUCCUUCAUCCAUGUCCCGUGCCAUUGAGACACUUGGUGGGACCCAAGGAAUUCGUAAGGCUCAUAGUUCACAGUCAAACAGGCUGGAACUUCAUUUCCGGCACCAAGAACCAUAUUCACAUCCUGCCUUUGGAGACCUUCGUCCUUGCAACAACUUGUUGCUUAAAAUAUCCAAAACUAUGUCUAAUGCUGGACAGACUCAACCCCAAAGUGAAUUACUUGCCAGCAAACAAGAUGAAGUGCAGAUACCUGAAAAUGACCAAGUACAUUUUGAUAUUGUUGCUCGUGUCCCAGAGGCUUAUCACUUUGAUGGAAUGGUUGACUAUCAGCAUGUUGUUCCUGUUCAUGCUGAUGUUGCACGGAAGAAAAAGAGAAAUUGGAUCGAAAUUAAGGAUCCACACUCUGAUAAGGGUGGUCUUAUGGAUAUUGAUCAGGAGGAUGCGAUGAUUCUGCUACCCCAACUCUUUGCACCUAAGGAUGUGCCCGAUAAUUUAGUGUUGAAACCAUCAGUGACAUUGAGUGCAAAAAAGAAUCAAGAAGAACCUGUGCAACACCAAUGGGAGAUUCCUAAGAGAACGAAUUGGGAGGAAUAUAUACCCCAAGGCUCAGAUCAGUGGAAGUCACAGAUGGCCGUGUCUCAGCUGUUUGAUGAGCGGCCUGUAUGGCCAAAGGAUUCACUAACUGAACGUUUGGUUGAUAAGGGCUUCAACUUUUCAGAUCAUCUACUCAGAAGGCUUCUUUCUAGAGUUGCAUACUACUUUUCACGUGGACCAUUUCUCAGGUUCUGGAUAAAAAAAGGAUAUGAUCCUCGCAAGGAUCCUGAUUCUCGAAUAUUUCAGAAAAUUGAUUUUCGAGUCAGACCACCAUUACAGAGUUACUGUGAUGCUAAUUCAGCCAAUCAACUAAAGCAUAGGUGGGAGGAUAUUUGUGCAUUUCGAGUGUUUCCUUACAAGUGCCAUACAACAUUGCAACUAUUUGAACUUGGUGAUGAUUACAUUCAAGAACAGAUAAGAAAACCUCCAGCCCAGACGACUUGCUCUUCUGAGACAGGAUGGUUUUCAUAUAACAUGCUUGAAAACUUGAAGGAUUGUGUUAAAGUGAGGUUCCUAUCUGUAUUCCCAGAACCUGGUGCGGAGCCCUUGCUAAAAGCUGCUACUGAAAGCUUCAAAAAGUCCAAGAAGAUGUGCAGUAAUGACAAAUUAAUGCGUGAUGAAGUGGGACACCCACAGGCCAAAGCAGGAUAUGAAGAUGUUGAGGAACCCAACAAUGUUGAGGAAGAGGAGAAAGAUGAAAUUGGGGUUAAUAAUGGUGAAGAGGCAUUAGAUACAGAUGAUGGACUUGAUGUGGCUGAGGAUGGUGAAAUUUCUCUGCAGUCACAUUCAUAUCUUAACAUGGAUAAUAUCUCAAGAACCCAUUUACAGGAGCUUUUUGGUAGUUUUCCAUCUCCUGAAGCAGGGGGUGAUAGAAUACAAGCUGCAUAUACGAGUGAUGAAGAAUACCAGAUUUAUGAGCAAGAUAGUGAUGACAACUUCUCUGAUGAAAAUGAUUGCUAA